AUGAACCUGAUGUACACCAGCACGGGUUUGCUGUUACGCAAGCAGUUACGUGGUCUAGCUAUGGGGCAACGAUUAGCUCCUGUGUCGGCCAUAGCGUUCAUGUCGAAAACCGAGAAGCCAUCGAGAAAAUCAGAACUGGACCGUGGCCCAAUCCUAUAUUACCGUUACAUUGACACUGCCUUAUCAUAUGAGCAUUGCCUUGUUGAACGGAUACCCGUGCUCUUGGUCAACACGACGGAGGUUUUGCUCUUCACCAACAGUACAGGAAAGAACACAAUCUGA